UUUAGUAAUGGUCCGGUGUCACAGCGUACGCUCCUAAACCACUUGCUGUGGUAGAAAUUCUCCUAGCCAUGAUUUGGACAAUUUUAUUGUCGUAUGUCCUAACUUCUGUUUUGGGGAAUAAAACGGAUGAACGUGUCCCCUUCUUUCAUGGGCAUGUGUUCGAGAACUCGCCGCCGGGGUCAAAAGUGAAUGGACUGAGUAUUCCAGUUAAACGGAUAGACGCAGGAAAAUGGUGCCCAAAGGCAGGUAUACACCUGAAACUCUUGGGGAGCGGAAACGAAGAUUUCCACGUGCUUGCCCACUACAAACGAGGCCAUAUAUUGCUGAAAACCUCCAAGAUAUUGGACAGGGAAGGACGGGCUGAAUACAUCCUUAGCGUUGGAUUAUGCUGUCAAAGUUGUGCUUCAGAAGCCCGUGUGGUCGCCGAAGUGGCAUCUGUUAAAGUCGACGUAUUGGACACAAACGACAACGACCCUACUUUUCAUCGUGAAAAUGUUAAAAUAACUUUGGACGAUGCAACAGCCCUCCGAUCUGUAGUGUACACGGUGAAUGCGGUAGACACGGACAGUGGCAAGAAUGCAGAACUGAUUUACUUUGGAAUUCCAAAAAACGGUAGUUUCUACGUUGUUCCAAAAACCGGAGAUAUUUUACUGGUAGAUUCCAUACUGGGUUUGACGACCCCGAUUAAGUUAAAUGUGUUCGCCAAAGACCACGGAUGGCCCUCUAGAAUUAGUCAGAAUAUAGAAAUAGAGAUUAAUCCACGACAAUGGUCAGCGGCGCCUCUGUCCCAUGCAAACGAGCCAGGCAGCGGACUGUCUCGGAAGUCGAGGUCUCUUUUGGAGUCUGAAAAAACGGUCAUAGUGAAUGUGUCCGAAGACGCAAGUAUCGGUUCUGUUGUGAUGAACCUGAACUCGAGAUUUCAGAUGGCGACCUUUGAGUUAGUUUACCCCGACACAGAGAACACCCCGGUCACAGUGAGUCGGGACAGCGGAGAUAUAGUCAUUGCUAGGCGCCUGGACAGGGAGACGGAACCGGUUGUAGAGAUCACCAUUAAAAUACAAGAUAAACGGGGUCCAGACUGGUACCUUGUCAGGGUAGAGCUGAUUGUCACAGAUGUGAAUGACAAUGCCCCAGAAUGGACCAUGGUCCCAUCCCCCUACCUGGCUGUGGUGUUCCCCAGUGCACCACCUGGUUCAGUGGUCUACAAGCUGCAUGCUCAUGAUGGGGAUGAGGGGAGCAAUGGGGAGGUGGAGUACUUCCUUUCUGAUGGUGGUGAUGGCCGCUUUGAAGUGGAUAGGAAGAGCGGCCAUAUCAAGACGACAGGACUGCCAUUACAGAAGGACAGGGAGUACCUCCUGAAUGUUGUGGCUGCGGACAAAAUGGGCAGCCGAAGUCCCCCAGCUUUGGUGUCCGUGGUAGCAGGACCCAGAGCACCCCAAUUCACCAACAUGUCCUACUCCAUAUCUAUUCCUGAGAACACUCCAGAAGGACAGCCGUUCCUGAUGGUCCCUGCAGUGUCCUUCCAGAAGCAGUCACUCACUUACAGCCUGCUUAUCAACCCCAGCAGCCUCUUCUCCAUUCAGCAGGAGACAGGCGAGAUCAGCUUGACCCGCACCAUUGACUAUGAGAGCGAUCAGCACCGCUACCUGCUGCUAGUGCGGGCCAGUGAGAGCCAGGACAGCCUGAGCAGCGCUGCAGAGGUUCGGGUGGUGAUAACAGAUGAGAAUGACUGCGUUCCAGAAUUCAUGCAGUCCAUUUACAGCAAAGACGGCGUCCCUGAGACUGUAACCACGGCAACCUCACUGCUGCAAGUGUCAGCCAGUGACUGUGACUCAGACCUGAAUGCUGAGCUCACCUAUUACACCCUGAGCCCAGACUUCAGCAUCUCACCCCAUGGCACCAUCUUCCCGGCUCAGACGCUGGACUACGAGCGACACAACCACCUGUAUGAGUUUGUGGUGAUGGCUGUGGACAAGGGGGAGGUACCCCGCACUGGGACUGCCACAGUCCGCAUCCGCAUGUCCAACGUCAAUGAUGAGGCACCUGAGUUCUCCCAGCAAAUUUAUCGGACCUUCGUCUCUGAGGAUGCUGGGCCCAACACACUCGUUGCCACGGUGCUGGCUAAGGACCCUGAUGGAGAUGGAAUCACAUACAGAAUCACAGAAGGCAAUGAGGAGGGCAACUUUGUUAUUGACAGUCAGAAAGGGCUGAUCCGCCUACGGUCCAGCCCCCCUCCUAAACUGCAGGGCCUGGAGUACAUCCUCAACAUCACAGCAACUGAUGACAACAUGUCAGGUGGGCCUCACCCCCUCUCCUCUUUCGCCCAGGUCAUCGUGGGAGUUGAUGAUGUCAACAACAACAAGCCCAUUUUUGAGAAGUGCCAGCAGUACAGGGAGAGGACCUCUGUCCUGGAAAACCAGCCCGCUGGAACUUUCGUCCUGCAGGUGCAUGCUGUCGAUGCAGAUGAAGGAGCAAAUGGCAAAGUGACAUAUGGAUUCAUGCACAAAGACAGCACCGUCCCUGCCUUCAGCAUCCAUCCUGACACAGGCGUGAUCGUCACAGCCAGAAAGUUUGACCGUGAGAAGCAAAGGGAGUAUGCUGUCACAGUGACAGCCACAGACCAGGCUGCAGAGCCUCUGAUUGGGAUCUGCCAGCUCAAUAUCCUCAUUCUGGAUGAGAACGACAACAGUCCCAAGUUUGAGAACCUGCGCUAUGAGUACUUCCUGAGGGAGGAUACUAUGAUUGGCACCAGUUUCCUGCGUGUGGCAGCACAUGAUGAUGACUACAGCACCAAUGCAGCCAUCACGUACUCCAUGUCCAAGGAGAAGCCGGAGUACUUUAGAGUCAACCCCAUUACAGGCUGGGUGUAUGUCAACCAACCCAUUUCACAGAGAUCCUACAUCACACGAGAGAUCAUUGCUACAGAUGGAGGAAACCGCAGCAGCACAGUGGAGCUGGCUGUUACCAUCACCAAUGUGAAAAACCAGCCUCCACAGUGGGAGAGGGACAGCUACGACGUGGUCAUUCCCGAAAACACCAUGAGGGACAUUCCUAUUGUGACCAUUAAGGCCAUCUCCCCCUUGGGCGAUCCCAGGGUCACAUACAAUUUGGAAGAUGGGAUGGUGCCAGAGACCAACAUGCCGGUCCGAUUCUACCUGACCCCCAACCGUGAGGAUGGCUCUGCUUCCAUCCUGGUGGCCGAGCCACUGGACUAUGAGACUACUCGCAACUUCAUGCUAAGAGUUCGGGCCCAGAACGUGGCGGCCGUCCCCUUGGCAGCUUUUACCACAGUCUAUGUCAAUGUCACAGAUGUCAAUGACAAUGUGCCAUUCUUCACCUCCUCCAUCUAUGAAGCUUCGGUAACAGAAGGGGCAGAGAUUGGGACCUUUGUCUUCCAGGUGUCUGCUAAUGAUCUAGACCUGGGGCUCAAUGGGAAGAUCACUUAUUCCCUGCUGAACGACCGCAGUGGAGACUACCAGGUGUUCCGCAUUGACCCAGAGAUGGGUACAAUCUACACCAAUGCUGUGUUUGACAGAGAAAUGAAGGGAUCCUAUCUUCUGGAGGUGAAAUCUGUCGAUGGCUGGGAGUCGGCCCGACCCGGGAAGCAUGGGCAGCCCAACUCUGACACGGCAUAUGUGCGCAUUUUUAUCAGCGAUGUGAAUGAUAACAAGCCCGUCUUUGCUCAGAACGUCUAUGAGAUCGAAGUUGACGAGGGCGCGGAUGUCGGCUUUGCCGUUGUCACUGUCAGCGCUAAUGACGAGGAUGAAGGUGCCAAUGCCAAGCUGCGCUACCAAAUCACCUCGGGGAAUACAGGGGGUGUAUUUGACGUGGAGCCUGAAGUUGGCACAAUCUUCAUUGCCCAGCCUCUCGAUUAUGAGUGGGUGAAAAGGUACAAAAUGCAUGUUCUGGCAUCAGAUGGAAAGUGGGAAGACUAUGCCAUGGUCAUCAUCAAUGUCCUCAACAAGAACGAUGAGGCACCUGUUUUUUCAAUGAAUGAAUACUACGGCAGUGUCACAGAGGAGCUGGAUGGCUCACCAGUGUUUGUGCUGCAGGUAACAGCAACUGACCCAGAUAAAGAUGCCAACCAGGAGGCCCUGAGAUAUUCUCUCCAUGGUCAAGGAGCAGAAAGUGAAUUCAUCAUUGAUGAGGUGACGGGAAAGAUCUACGCGCAGAAGACCCUUGAUCGUGAGGAGCGAGCAGUCUGGAGGUUUGUGGUGCUUGCCACAGACGAGGGUGGGGAGGGCCUGACUGGCUUUACCGAUGUCAUCAUCAAUGUGUGGGACAUCAAUGAUAAUGCUCCCAUCUUUACCUGCAUGCCCGACAACUGCAAUGGCAAUGUGCUGGAGAACUCAUUGCCUGACACCUCAGUCAUGGAGAUGACUGCCACUGACCUGGAUGACACCACCAUAGGUCAGAAUGCAGUGCUUACUUACAGGAUUGUGGGAAACACCAGGAACAGUGCCAUGGCUGACUUGUUCAAAAUCAACCCCAGUACUGGCACUAUCUUUGUGGCAGUGGGCAACCUGGACAGGGAGGUGGUAGAGAAGUACCUGCUGGUAGUGGAAGCUAAGGAUGGUGGGGGCAUGACAGGGACAGGAACUGCUACCAUCUGGGUCAGAGAUGUUAAUGAUCAUGCUCCCCGUUUCACUGAGAACUCAUGUGGCGCCCGCAUCUCUGAGAGUAGCGAGCUAAACUCAGCAGUGCUGGAGGUGUCAGCCACGGAUGCAGACAUUGGGGAGAAUGCCCACCUGACCUUCAGUGUAGUAGCAGGAGACCCAGAGCAGAAGUUCUACGUGGUGAGCCACAGGCAGGAGCAGCACGGGACGCUCCGGCUCAAGAAGAGGUUGGACUAUGAGAAACCCAGUGAACAGCGGUUCAAUCUCACCAUCAAGGUAGAGGACCUGGACUUCUCCAGCACAAUCUACUGUGUCAUUGAGGUUGAGGACUACAAUGAUCACGCCCCUAUUUUCAUCCCCCACUUUUACACGCUGCCACCUUUGCCUGAGGAUGUACCUGUGGGUAGCAGCAUCACAAAGGUUGUUGCCAGUGACUCAGACUCAGGUCAGAACCAGGAAAUUACAUACAGUAUCUUGGCAGAAUCUGACCCAUACCACCAGUUCUCUGUGGAUCAGACUGGUCUGGUCAGUGUGGCCAGUCCACUAGACAGAGAAACAAUGGCUCAGCAUUACUUAGUCAUAUUGGCGUCUGAUCAUGGAAAUCCUGCACAGACUGGGAGUGCCACGGUUCAGCUGACUUUGUUGGAUGUCAAUGACAAUGGUCCCGAGUUCCAAGUGGCCUACAUGCCUGUAGUGUGGGAGAAUGUUGUGGGUCCGCAGAUCAUACAUUUGAACCAGACCUCCACUUUACUGCAUGUGGUGGACCAAGACUCCCCAGAGAACGGGCCUCCCUUCUCCUUUUCUGUGCCCCUGGAAUAUCUUGACAGUGAGAAUUUUCUCCUGCAGGACAAUGGCAACAACACGGCCACCAUUACUGCCCUACGCACUUUUGACCGUGAGAAACAGAAGGAGUUCUAUCUGCCCAUUAUUAUGACAGACAGCGGCCAUCCCUCUAAAAGCGUCACCAGCACACUCACAAUCACCAUUGGCGAUGAAAAUGACCAUGCCCACAUGGCCGGAGAAAAGGAGAUUUACAUCAAUAGCCACAGAGGAAGGAUGCCGACCACAGUCCUAGGGAAAGUUUUUGCUCCAGACCCAGAUGACUGGGACAACAAGACAUAUGCCUUCAUAGGUCACGUGCCAAACUAUUUCAUUCUGAACAAAAGGACGGGCUUUCUGAUCAUCAAGGAGAAUGCACCUCCAGGAAGCUAUGAAUUCAAGGUACACGUGUCAGACGGUGUGUGGCCAAAUGUUGUCUCAAGCGUAGCCAUACAUGUUAAGGAGCUGCGAGACGAGGCCAUCUAUAACUCUGCCUCACUCCGCCUAGCAGAUAUCACAGCCAAGGAGUUUAUUGAACGCCGGAGCGAUGCGCAGAGCCGAUACGAGAUGUUCAGAGACUUUCUGUCUGAGAUGCUGUCCACCAGUCCUGACAACAUCAACAUCUUUGGCCUGAUGGAAGUGCGGGAACGGAUGCUGGAUGUGCGCUUCUCUGUCCACAGUGGUCAUUUCCUUAGACCAGAGAAACUGCAUGGAUACCUUGCCGCACAUAAGCAGAAGCUCCAGUCAUUUCUGCAGGUGAACAUCAGUCAGGUACACAUAGAUGAGUGUACAGCAAUGGACUGCGGGGGCAGAGGUGGCUGCUCUAACCACCUGACCAUCAGUGACACGCCCACUGUGGUGGAUUCUGGGAGCAUGUCCCUGGUGUCGGUGGCAGUGACAGCCACAGCCGUGUGCAGCUGCUUAGGCAGGGAGCAUUUGCACCAGAUGUGCGCCUCCUACCCCCAAAACCCCUGUCACAAUGGUGGAGUGUGCAUCGACAGCCAGAGUGGAUACAGAUGCCAGUGUCCCCCUCAGUUUGAGGGCCCAGAGUGCCAGCAGACCAAGCACAGUUUCCAUGGUGAUGGCUAUGCUUGGUUUCCCCCCAUAAGGCCAUGCUUCGAGAGCCACCUCUCCCUGGAGUUUAUCACUGAGGUUGCAGAUGGGCUGUUGCUCUACAGUGGGCCAGUGGCCCAGCUACAGCCAUGGGACCCCGAGGACUUCAUGGCAAUAGAACUUAUUGAUGGCACGCCCACCCUGAAGAUAAACCAUGGCUCUGGCACGUUAGUGCUGCAGUUGCCAGGCAACGUGGAUGUGGCGGACAGACGUUGGCACAGAUUGGAUGUGAGGAGCAAUAGCAAGGAGGUGCGCUUUACUCUGGACCGCUGUGCUGGUGCCACUGUAAUGGAGAUGGAGGGUGUGGGCAACUGGCUGAUGACUGAAGACCACUCCUCCUGUGAGGUCAUAGGAGUCACACCAAACUUGGACAGGCACCUGAAUGUGACUCAAGUGUUGCAGCUUGGUGGAAUCAAUGAAAACCUGCCUUACAUCUACCCACAAUUACAGCACAAGCAUUUCACUGGCUGUAUCCGCAACUUGGUCGUGGAUAGUAAGAUCUAUGAUCUUGGCUCUCCUGCGGACUCUGUCAACAGUGCUCCGGGGUGUCUGAUGACAGACGGGAACUGUGUGAACAUGGGGUACCCCUCCUGUGGACCUCAUGGCUGGUGCCAUGGGGAGUGGGGCUCCUUCAGCUGCCAGUGCAUACUGGGAUACACUGGGCACCAGUGUGAGCAAGUGGUUCCGGAGUACUCCUUUGAUGGGCGGAGCCACAUCCAUUUCCAGCUGGGGUACCCACUGCCAGCUCGUCGGACCCUAGUGCAGGUUCUGGUGCGGACCCGGAAACACAGUGGUGCUAUCAUCAGCCUGUUCUCCAAGGAACAGAAUGAGUACCUGCGCCUUGAAAUCUACCAGGGCCUGCUCACUGUCUUCUACAACCUUGGUGAUGGGGACCACACCCUCAUGUUGCCCUCCUAUCACAUUGACAAUGGGGAGUGGCAUGAGGUCCACCUGGAUCGCCACGACAAUGAGCUGACUCUGCGUCUAAACGGUGGAGGUGGGAGACGGGAAGUGACUGCAUCCCCUGGGCGGAGCAGGGAAAUCAUCAUUGAUCCUGCGGUGGUCAUAAUGGGGAACUCCUUCCCCUCUGGCCACAAUAAGAGCUUCCAAGGCUGCAUGCGGGACCUGCGGCUGAACAACCGUUACGUGCCACUAGAUGGUCAGGCCAAAGAAUGGGUUUCAAUUGUGAGCUUGCAGGGCGUUUCCAUGGGGUGCUCCUCUGACUCCUGCAGGAGGAACCACUGCAGCCCCCCCUUCACCUGUGUGGACCUCUGGAGGAUGCAUGAGUGCAGGUGUCCUCCAGGUCAUAUGAUGAAGGAAAACUCCACAGGCAAGUUCUGCAUCUACACCUUGUGUGCCAGCCAUCCAUGCCACCGCGGAACCUGCAUGGCACAAUCCCCCUCCAAGUUCACCUGCCAGUGUCCGGAGGGCUACAGGGGGCGCCACUGUGAGGUCACCCUGGCCAUCUUCCGUGAUGAUGUGGGUCUCAGCUUCAGCUCCCUGUUCGCCAUCUGCAUUUGCUUCUUGGCGCUCCUAGUGCUGCUCCUAGGUAUCUUUCUGUGGACACGUUGGAGGACCUACAAGGGGCUGAAGGAGGGUGUGUAUCAUGUGUCUGCACAUCAUGACGGCUGGGAGGACAUCCAUGAAAAUGUACUGAACUACGAUGAGGAAGGUGGAGGGGAGGAGGACCAGAAUGCCUAUGAUAUGGCAGAACUGCAGAAGUCUUUACAGCCCAGCCCAGCUCAGUCCGUACAGUAUACCCGUUCUCGGGGGGCUCAGCACCACCCCCACAUGAAGGAGGACUCCAUCAAAGCCAGUGCCACCACCACCACCACUCUGCGCCGAGACAUUCCUCCUACCCGGACCCAAGCCCAGGACCAGAGCCAGCCCAUCCCUCUGUCCCGAAAAAGCCUUUCCUUCUCCAGUCAGGACUUGGCCCGCUACCUGUGUGAGAUCAUCCGGGAUGCGGAUCAGCACCCCGAGACCGCACCCUUUGACUCACUACAGGUGUUUUCCACUGAGGGUGGUGGUUCACCAGCUGGAUCGCUCAGCUCCUUCAGCUCGGCUGGCCUGGAUGAGGACAGGAGCCAGGACUGCCUGCGGGAGUGGGGGCCACGCUUUGAGAAGCUCAAGGCACUCUAUGAGAGAGCCGAGGCCAGCAAUCUUUGAAUAAUGUCUCUGAUACAAAUUGAACAAAAGUAAAUGACCUUACAGGAACCUAAA